CACUGGGGACAAGGUUGGUGUUCGUUAGGCCGCAAAAUUUCGGUGACGUAUAUUUCUCAAUUCAACAUGGCAGCAGUUUAGCAGGAAAUUUACAAAUUUACAACACAGUUUUGCAGCAAUGCCAGGACCAAGAUGGCUACCAUUAGAAUCAAAUCCAGAUGUUAUGAAUGCAUAUAUGAACAAACUUGGUGUUGAUACCAAUCAGUGGAAGUAUUUUGAUGUCUAUGGCACUGACCCAGAGCUGCUAAUGAUGGUGCCACAACCAGUCUGUUCUUUGUUAUUGCUGUUUCCAAUAACUGAGAAUUACGAAAAGUUUUGUAGAGAACAGGAAAAAAAUAUGAAAAAGGAAGAUAAAAACAUUAGCAAGGAUGUUUACUUUACAAAACAAACUGUUGGGAAUGCAUGUGGCACUGUUGGUAUAAUUCAUUCUAUUGCAAAUAACUUAGAUGUUAUAACUCUGAAGAAUGGUUGCUUAAAGUCAUUUAUUGAGAAAUCGAAAUUGGUUAGUCCCAUAGAAAAAGCUAAACUGCUCGAAUCAGAUGAGGGCAUUGCCCAAUGUCAUGGCGAUAGUGCUUUGGAGGGUCAAACAAAAGCGCCUUCGGCAGACGAGAAAGUUAACUUGCAUUUUAUAGCACUAGUGCACAAGGAUGGAAAGUUGUAUGAGCUUGACGGAAGAAGAGAUUUUCCAGUUAGUCACGGUCCAACAAAUGCUGCUUCCUUUUUUCAAGAUGCUGCAGUAGUCUGCAAGAAAUUCAUGGAGAGAGAUCCAACACUUUUGCAAUUUAACAUGAUAGCAUUAGCCAAUGCACAAUAACAUGUAGUGAAUAUCUAGUUAAUAUUAUUUAUCUUAAAAAAAUUGCAUUUUAGUUUAACUUCUUUCUGCAAUUUUGUCAAAUGAUUUUUUUUUUAAUAUUAUGAUCCUUGUUUUAUCUUAGGAUAUAAAAAAGGAAUUUUUUUUAAAAUUACACUAAUGAUUUUAAAAUUUUAUGCAGCAAAUCUUUGAGAAUUUAAGAAAAUCUUUUUUUUUUUUGCAAUGGACCCUAGAGUCUUGCUUAAGUUUUGAGCAAGAAGAUGAACUAAAUUGUCUCACUUAUCACUUACAGUGUUUUGUAACAAAUUUGCCGCCUUAUUAUGCAGAUCAAGCUUCUUUCAUUUGUUAAGAGUGAUUCAAGCAAGCACAAUAUUUUUAACCAUCUUGAGACAGUUAUUUAAAAAUGUUUUUGUCAUGGCAAAACUAUCUUAAUGUUAUGUAUAAAACUUACAAUCACAUACAUUCUCAUUCUGAUUGGUCAAUUUUCUAUAAUUAAUCGCAAAUGUUGAACAUGCUGUUAAAGUUUGUGGUUUUCACAAUUUUAGUGCAGAAAAUAACCCAAGGCCUAAAAGCUAUUCAAAUAAAUUGAAAAUAAUCUCAUAAUUUCAUUAUUUUAUGGCAAUAAUCUGUGCCAUGAAUUGGAAUCUCAAAACUUGUCUUUAAAAAAUCAAAUGUCAAAAGUUGUAAUGUUGGAAAUUCUAGCUUAUUAUUGAUUUUUUUAUUGUGAGGUUUUUUCAGCCUGAUUUUAGUAACAAACGCCUCUUUUUACUAAAAGUUGCUUCUAAAGAGUUCUUAACAGUUAUAAGAAACGCCCUAACGUAAUAGAAGCAAACACAGUAUUCAUAUAUGUACAUAUUCAUAUCCAAUUACUAAUUCAUGAAGCCUCCUCAUUGUUAUUGAAGUUAGCAAAUAUAUAAUAUAAAUCAAGAGACAUUGUAUAGAAUAUUUCAAUCAUGCAUUCAUGCUAAAAUUAAUAUUAAUCAGACACCCUCCUUCUGAUGUUAUAUAUAUACUUUUUUACACAUUUCCUACGUGCUGGUCAGCCAUGUAAGAUGCAUAUUCUGCAACAAAAGCAAAAGAUGCGAAUGAUUUAAAUGUUUUUGUUCCCUAUGUUUCAUAUGUUAUGUGUAUGUUUAUUUUUCUACUUAUCAUUACUUUUAUAGUUUUAAGCAUGUCAUAUGAAGAUACAAUAAAAGCAUUAAAAAUCAUCUCAACUGUAGCUUUGGGACAAUAUGCUGGCGCAGCUGUGUAUGGCGCUGUUGCAGUUCAACCAGCUCUGAUUGAGCAAAAUGAUGUGCAAGGUGCAUGCAUGACAAUGCGUUCCAUUUUAAAGAGGUCAGUGAUCAUGCCACUUAGUCAAAUUAUCAGUUGUACUUCAGCGCUGGCUGUGUAUAUCAAAACGUAUCGUACACCCAAGCAUGAUGCGUACUGGCUAGCAUCUGGUGGCUUGAUGCUUGCUAUGAUUCCCUUCACCGUCGCUGUGGUUGGUCCUAUUAAUAUGCAGUUUCGUAACGACGAGGAAACGUUCAGUGGAGAUGAACAGAAGUGGAGUGAUCUGCUUUCUGAGUGGUUGACGUUUCAUACCCCACGAUCAGUGAUAGCAAUGUCUUUAUUUUGUAUUGGUGUGUACAAAUUGGUCAGGUAAUCUGAAGUUACGUAACCGAAAAAAACUGCACAAACAUUCACUCAUACAUUUACAAAUAUAAACAAAGUGAUAAUAAGAGUGGAUAAUUUAGGUGCUAUAAAUUUCGCUUCUAAAAUGUUUUGUUGUCAUUCGAAAGAACAAUGUGUAAAUUUUGUGUUUGUUGUGUAUAUAUAAUUUUUGUGUUUCUUACAAUCCUAACCUAAUUUUAAUUUUAAUACAUUAUACACGCGGGAGAAACGCGCUUGGAACUUGUAACUUGUAAAAGAAGAAGAAUAGUGAAAGUAAUGA